AGAUGAGUCAGAAAUUAUGUCUUCCCUUAGGAAUUUCCCAGUCCAGUGAGGGAGACAGACACAAAGAGCAAAUUACAAAAAAUAUGGGAAGUGCUACAGUACAGUCAUGUCCAACUGGCACUGAGCUCACAGAGGAGGAACUAACUCGUUCUGGAUAGAACUCAGGGCCAGUCCAGCUCGAGCACGAUGAAGAUGAGACCGUAUGAGAGAGGUUGUGAUUGCUACCCCACCUCCUAGCUUCUCUCUCUUUACCCCUCUCUUGUCUUUGCCCUGAUAGUCAUUCUCUUAAAAAAAAAGACAAACUAGUUGCUGUGCGUGCGUAGUUUGUAAGCUGCCUCAAAGUCAUUUUAGAAGGAAGCUGCUGUAAAUAAAGUAGACGUAACAGCCUGGGCGUUAGUUGAGGAAAGCUUCACAAAAAUUUCACGGGAGUUGGGCCUUAGGGCUCGAAAUGAGCCCUUGGUGGACCUUGGGGUAAAGGAUUCCAGCCAGAGGAAGCCCCCUGAACAGAGGCAGGAGAAGACAGCAGGUUCAAGAGCAUGAAGGAUAGCUAACGGCCAGGAGAAAUAUAGUGGAAAAUGCAAAACAACGAAAUUAUAAAACCUGCCAAAUACUUCUCAGAAUUGGAAAAGAGCAUCCUGCUGGCUUUAGUAGAAAAGUACAAGUAUGUGCUGGAAUGUAAGAAAAGUGAUGCCAGGACUAUCGCCCUCAAGCAGCGUACCUGGCAGGCGCUCGCCCACGAGUACAACUCUCAGCCCAGCGUGUCUCUGCGGGACUUCAAGCAGCUGAAGAAGUGCUGGGAGAACAUCAAGGCUCGGACCAAAAAAAUUAUGGCCCAUGAAAGGAGAGAGAAAGUGAAGCGGAGCGUCAGUCCCCUUCUGAGUACCCACGUCCUGGGCAAGGAGAAGAUCGCCACCAUGCUGCCCGAGCAGCUCUACUUCCUGCAGAGCCCCCCGGAGGAAGAGCCGGAGUACCACCCGGAGGCGGCAGCCCAAGAAUCAUUUGCUGUUUCAAAUAGAGAACUGUGCGAUGAUGAGAAAGAGUUCAUACAUUUUCCAGUAUGUGAGGGGACCUCUCAACCUGAACCCUCGUGUUCAGCUGUCAGAAUAACAGCCAAUAAAAACUACAGGAGCAAAACCUCUCAGGAAGGUGCUUUAAAAAAGAUGCAUGAGGAAGAACACCAUCAACAAAUGUCCAUCUUACAACUGCAGCUGAUACAAAUGAAUGAGGUGCAUGUGGCCAAAAUCCAGCAGAUAGAGCGAGAGUGUGAGAUGGCAGAGGAGGAACACAGGAUAAAAAUGGAAGUUCUCAAUAAAAAGAAGAUGUAUUGGGAAAGAAAACUGCAAACUUUUACCAAGGAAUGGCCUGUUUCCUCAUUUAACCGGCCCUUUCCCAAUUCACCCUAAGACUGUGGGGGCGGCUCCCUUGUAAUUAAUCUGUGUUGGCAAAGAAAGUCUGGAACAAGAACUUGCCGUCAGUAACCUGUAACAGAGGUACAACUAGGAGAAUUAGAGUGGUAGUAGUCACUUAUUUAAGAAUACAUUCAGGUAAACAGCUGCACCCUAUGUACCCCUUAAGUGGCAAAGAAGCUGUUAGAGUCUUCUGAAAAUGAUCACCAUGCGUGCUAUAAUUCUGAAUGUAAUGUCUCUUAAUUAGAAUUCCUACAAGAACCAUGUGUGAGUGUUAUUGUUGUAUUUUUUAACCAAAUGCAAGUGUGACUAUAAAGGAGUGUGGCUGAUUUUUUUUUUAAUAGACAUCAGAACUUUUCUAUCCAAAUGAAUGCCCUCCCAUUGAAAGUGGCCAUCCCGGGAGGCCACACGUGUCUCUGGUGGUGAAGCUGUUGCUCAGAACUCGCUAGAGGUCUUUAGGGAACCUCCAUGAGAGCUGCAGCACCUUUUUCAUUUUUUCAGUGUCCCUUGAGUGUGGAUUUUCUGUUUUUCAACAGCCCAGCGUAUGGAAGGAUAUUUUCUAAUGUGGCUCAAAACUGCCUUGUAAGGCCUUCCUUUCCCCAAAGAGGAGUUUCAAAUAAUGUCUCCAACAUUGGAACUAAGGAUGUAACCACUUUGAGGGAGAAAUGUUCAUUUAGAGUUCUACAUUCUGUCAUGUUUGUUUUAUUAAAAGAAAAGACUUGCAAUUUUAUAGUCACACUGUGUAUGUUUCUCAAAGGUGCUGCCUCCCACACUGUGCUCCAGUUUUUGCCUUUUCCCUCUGUAGUUUCCUCCCAACUUUGUACUACUGAGUUCAUCAUUUCCCCUUGUUUUUCGUCCUUAGCCACCUAAGGCCCUUCCCUCACCAUGCUCAUGGUGCUAGCUAAUAGUGAUGCUAUGUCGUUUGCAUUACACAGUUAGCAUUGAGCUUUUUAAGAAUCCAUUACCAAUAUGUUUGGAAGCAUGGAUUGAUAAAUGGAUAUUCUGAUUGAGCUGUGAGAUGGCUUCUCCUGUAGCCUACUGUUAAAAACAGCCUUGGGACUUGGGCACAGCAGUAGCCGGAAGAAGCAAAGGGACGCUUCAGUGGCAAGGCAGGUCAGCAAUUUCUGAGAAUGAAAUUUGAAGGCCAUGUGGCGGGGAAGGAGGGGGAUGUGUGGCAGAGGCUAUAUAGGGAGUGUAGGACUAGGAGUCAGGGCCUGAAUUCUGAAUUUGGUUCUGCCUCAAGUGCUCUGUGACCUUGGUUAACUCCUUUUAGUCCAUGGCCACAUUGUUUCCAGUCCAUAAAACAAGGGAGUUGGUCUAGAUAAUUUUCAGAAUCUGCUACGACUCCUUGACUGUGGUGUGGUCUGCAGAGUCUUGGAUGGGUACUGCUGACAUCAUAAUUGCCCGGAGGGCAUGGGUCAACAGGGAGCAAGUGUUUACUGCAUUGGCUAAGCCUCCCUCCUUCAUAAUUUUGGAAUUUGGGUCCUGGGGACCAUAAGUCCAGUAGAGUACAUAUAUACUCAUUAUUUAUGCACUGCAUAAAACUUAAGUGAGUCUCAAUUUACUUUAUACACUGAUAUUUUAAAUAUCUUAGAGGAACUGGUUAUUUAAAGGAAGCCUGUGAAGACUAGUCAUCUUUGAAAGGAAGGAUCCUUUUGUAAGGAUUUGUGUUCUUAACUUAGUUUUUACCAAAUGGACCCUUUAGAGAAGAAGCAUCUGGAUCAAGUCCCAAGCUUAAAUGGUUUAUGGGAGACAGCUGGACUCUCCAUGCCCUUCUACACGCUUGGAAUUCGGCUGGGGACCAGCAGGCCCUCAACACAGAUGUGAACAGAGAAAAGUUUGCCAUUGCUUCCUCUAUGGAUCCAUCUGGAAAUCUUGUUAAUAUGCAGAUUCUGAAGUGGGGCCUCAGAGUUUGCGUUUCCUGUAAGCUCCCAGGUUUUGCCAGUUCUAUUAGUCUGAUCACCACAGUUCUGUGUAGCAAGGUUUAGAGGACCCUGUGAAGUUUUUACGAAAAAAAAUAAAAUUGGGUUAGGUACGUUUUUGUGUACAGCAGUGUGCCGGAUAUUGGUUUCCCUCAGAAUUUACCACUUAAGCACACAAACAACAAUGUAGAACAAUGCAAAAAAAUGCUCAGACACAUAAUGGAACUAUAAAAGCAUUGAACUAAUUCCUAACUGAACAAAUAAAGGAUAAUUAAACCAGCAGCCUAAAGCAUCUCGUUCUACUGUUAAUGGUAUUUAUGAGUUUAUAACAGUAGUUUUCAACCGUGGCUAUGCAUUAGAAAGACUAUUUUAUAACGAAUUAGUCCCACUGGGUCCCACUCCCUGAGGAUUCUGAUUCACUUGACUAAGGUUGAGGCCUGGUCCUCUAUAUUUUUCAAAGCUUUAUGGGGGAUUAUGAUACGUAAUUGGGACUGAGAAUCACUGGUGUAGAGUUCACAAAUGUGUCUCAGUUGGUCUGGAAUCCUGUGAGGUCAUGCAGAAGUGAGGAAAUGAUGCUCAGAGAAGAACUACAUGGCACCAGGCCCAUAGCUAGUGAAUGGCAAAGCAGAACCUCAGUCCCAGGUCUCUUGACUCGAAAAUGAGGGGCCCUGCCUGCCCCUGCCCCUGCCUCAUCCCUCAAAGCUAUACCAUGGGUUUGUUUUACCCUGAGAGCCAGAUCACAUCUGCAGGGACUUGGAAUGCCUCCAUUCAUGAACAGGUGCAUCCCAACUAAUUUCACUUUUGAGCAGUUCCUUACCUGAGGUGGAAAGGCAAUAACCAUUUCUUGGUUGGUGCUCUAGAGAAUUGACAGAUAAAUACUGAGACACAGUUCACCAUACUCCACCCUGCCAAAUCAUGGACACAGCCCAGUAGGGGAGGUAAGGCUUGUACACAGCUGUCAUAUACUUGGUCAGUGUGUGUCUUCAAGUGCAUAUGUAGCUCAGAGCAGAGAGCUAAGAAGCUUGAAGGAAGGCCUGCUGGAGGAGGUGGCAUUUGAGCCAAGUCCUUACGGUUGGCAUUUUGGCAGGUGGAAAUUUGGAAAGGAGAGGAUCUUUGCAAGAUGCAAGGUCCUGUUGAAGAUUCAAGAUGCUGAGACACAGAAUUGAGAGGCAGUGACACACAGGAGUUUCCAAGUUGGGCAGUAACAUGAUCAAAACUGCUCCAGGAGGAAGAUUAGAGGAUGAAACAGUUUCGAGAAGACUGGAGUCUGAUAGACGAGUUGGGAAGGUUGGCCCUGGUUAGGAUGAGAGGAGAGGAGGAGCUAGAGGAGACAAGUAAAAACGAGGGAGACCAAUGCGAAGGGCAUUGCAGAAGUGGAAUCAGGCAGGCUUGGCAGCUGAUUGCUUUUGUUGGAGAGGAGGGGUAAAGUUGUACAGCUAGAUGCCUGAAAGAAUGAUGCUGCCGGUUGAAAUAAUGGAAGAAAGGAUGCAUUUCUGGCUCUGACCCAUCCUAGGAGAGGCCUAGCCACAAACUAGUGCAAUUGCUUCCCACUCGGCCUCAAACUCUAGCGCCUCCUCCCAUCUCCUCUUUGGCUGUCACCUUUUCGCUCUGACUUCUGCCUCGUCAGCUGCCUGUGCUGCCUCUUCCACCUUUUCAUCUGACUCCAGCUGCUCCCUGCUGGGUCCUUGUCACCCACUCAUUUGGUGCUGCCUCUGCCAUCAGUGUCUCCAUCGCAGCUGGUGGUGCGUCAGUGACCAUCUCUUAUAAUGGCUUCACGCUAGAAAGAUCAGAAAAGAUUAUUUCUUUACCUCAAGCUUCAAUUCUUUUCUAGACGAUUGGCAUCCACAAAUUUCAUGUUUUUUUAAAAUGUCCCAUGUUAUAUAAAGGAGCAUUGACUGACAGGGACUGUUAAUCCCCAUGUAUGCCUAUUACAACCUCUUUACAGAAUCAAACAUGGAACCCUACCCUAUUAUGCAUCAAACAUGUAGGAAAUAUUUUAAGAAUUUUUCAGGGAGAAUCUUAAAAUGCACUGGCUUUCCCCCCAUUUUUUUUUUUAAGAAUGAGAACAGAGAAAGAGAGGUGGCAUGGUGGAAGAGUGCAUUAGAGUUGUCAACAGCCUCUGCAGUGUCAGGUCAAUUACAUCAGUAUGUGGUCUGGACCAGGGGAAAGGAAUGCGUCUGCCUCCUGGGAAUGUCAGCAGGACCUGAUAAUUAUAUUUGGCGAAGCCAUGAAGAGUGGCUCUGUAAUGUCAUUGCUAAGAAUUACCCUUUUAAUAACAUUUCUAGAUGUCUGAGCUUUUCAAAUGGAAUAACACUUCUUGUCUGCUGUGGCUUUCCUUUCUCUUGGGCUGCUUCCCAGCUCAUCCUCCUCUUCUCCCUUGCCCUUGUUUUGCUAUCAGUUCAUGUUUUCUGUUCUGUCUUCUUCCCUCCCAGCCCCAUUCCUCCAACCCUUCCUUCUGUACCCACAACAGCUCCCACUCUCCUCUGUUUUAGAGGUGGGGUCAUGUGAGAAUGUAUGUGAGGGAAAUAUUUGCCAAAGGACAGCAUAUUCAACAUCUGGUCUCAACAAGGUGAAGUGUGGCCUUAGACUUGCUUCCGUGCUGCAUCUGCGACUUUUGUGUUGGUGGGACUCAGAAGUCAUGGGAAAGGUCGCCAGUGAUCUGUGACUGCAACAAGUUCUUUUCCUAAUUGUGCCAUAUAUUAUGCCCUUCAACACAGUUUACUAAUCUCUGCCUCAGUUUAUCCAUCUGUGAAAGUGGUGUGUAAUACUUAUCUACCUCCCUUGAAUGUUGUGAAGGUUAGUCUAUGUUAGUAAAGCACUUUUGAAAUAAAGAGUCAUGUAAAGCAUUUUAA